GCCAACGCUGUAAGCAACCGACGUCACCGCAUAUAGCUAGCUAGCCAGUUGUUUGGGUAGAAGAAGAAAAAAGGGCUACAAGCGGAAGAAACGCCGGAUUUGAUUUCGGGUUGUAUUCGGUUUAUGAUCCUGGUUUAGUUUUUUUUUUAUUUUAUUAUUAUUAUUAUACAUUUUGAAUAAUGUCGACCCCGGCAAGGAGACGGCUUAUGAGAGAUUUUAAAAGACUUCAAGAAGAUCCUCCCACCGGUGUGAGUGGAGCACCAUCAGAGAACAACAUCAUGCUUUGGAACGCUGUUAUUUUUGGGCCUGUGGGAACACCGUUUGAAGAUGGAACAUUUAAGCUUCUGAUAGAGUUUUCCGAGGAGUACCCAAACAAGCCUCCCACAGUUCGGUUUGUUUCCAGAAUGUUUCACCCAAAUGUUUAUGCAGAUGGCAGUAUAUGUUUAGACAUCCUUCAGAACCGCUGGAGCCCCACAUAUGAUGUGUCGUCCAUACUCACCUCCAUCCAGUCGUUGCUGGACGAGCCAAAUCCCAACAGCCCCGCCAACAGUCAGGCUGCACAGCUCUAUCAGGAAAACAAGAGGGAGUACGAGAAGAGGGUGACGGCCAUCGUGGAGCAGAGCUGGGUGGACGUCUGAGCCUCACUGCUUGGCUCUCUACUCCUUCCUCUCCAUCACCCUCUCUUCAUCAUCCCAGUACUUCUUUCAUUUUUACCUCAUCGAGAAAAAAAAACAGCAACUAUAUCAGAAGAACUCAAGUGCCACCGAGGGGGGUUGGGGGGAUGAAAUAAGGAAGAUUAAAACAACCAAACCAGAAUGGACAUUUACUUGCUUGCCAAUACAUUUGAGGAAAACGAGGGAGGGGAAAUCAAUCUUAUAUUUGUGUUUCUUGUCCUUAAUUUUACUUUUUUUUUUCUUUUUUUUUUAUUAUUGCAUGAUGUGAAAUAAGUUAUUGCUAACAGAAUUUGUAAUAUAUCUUGUUGUCUGGUUUCAUUGAUGCUGUUAGUGUUUGAGUUUUACAGUUUUCUGUUUUUUUUCCCUUUUUUUGGGGGGGGGUACUUUCUGCUGGGGUGUACACAACUUGGCUGUUUUGGAAAAGGCAGGUUGAUGACCAAAUCAGCGUAUAUCGAAUGUCACGGAAGAAUAAUGGAGAAGGCUGCUUUCAGAGUUGCGAUAGUCGUUAUUCUUCAUAAAUGCAGCUGAUAAAAGAACAAUCCCAGGUCUGUUCCAGCAUAUCUCUGUUAUUUUAAGAGACACUGUAGGUUUGGGCUCACAGACGUCACAGGCUCCAACAGCGCCAAGUCUCCCUUGCACUGAUGACUCAUGACUCCCUUGCAAGGCAGCUCUGAGCUUUUUAUUUUAAUCAUUUCUGCUCCAAGGUAGAAGAUGAAGUUGGAGACUGAGUGUUAUGAGAAAGUAAAUAUUAACACCAGGAUGAGACGGGAUUAAAUUGGACCAUGUGACUGUGGAAAUCUUUAGCUGAGGAAAAACUGGAUCGGCCUUUAAUUUUCCUGAAGUCGGUGAAGAGUCGGUCUUUUUGCUGUUUAUCCGGCGUCAUGCUGUCAUUCUUAAGUGUUCUCAAAAUGUGUGUCUGGCACAAGAGCCCCUGAGUUCAGGGAGUCAACAGUGCUUGUCUUGAAUGGUGGUGCUGUAUCAUUUCCCAUUAUGAUUCAGUUCAUGGCUAACAGGAGACAGAGGUAGCAAGUGGAAAAACUGCAAAGACAAUUAGAAUCAGUGUGACGUUAACACAUGUAUUUCUACACCAUGUUCUCUACACAUUUUCUCUAAUUUACCUUUUAUUGGUUGUCAUAGAUCAGAAUUUAACUCAGAAUUAGAGUUGAAUUGUUCUCAGCUUCUCCUGACAGCUCAUUUUAGGUUUGUGCCCACAUGGUUUUCUAAUUUCACUCUCCACAGAAAGUAACUCAUGUUUUAAUGCUUUUGCCUGUGAAGUGUGUGAGCGUGAAUGAAGUGUCAGUGCGUUUGAGCGCUCUCUUAAAAUGACACAGCUGACAUAAAUUAACAAAUGGGCAGAGGAUAAAAGCAGCACAGUUCGAUGCAGAUACUUUUUGGCUCUAAAUGAGCGCGGUUGAAAGAGGGUUGACGGAUCAAACCGCCGAGGUGAAGACGCUCACGUGCAGUUUGAAGCCUGUCUCCCCCAAAAGGCUUAAGUUGUUUUUAUGCCUGCGUUUUGUCUGUUUUAUUUUAUAUGUGAUGCCCAAUUUAAAAAAAGACCACUUCAGCAAAAAAACAUGACUUAACCUUGCCCAGCUCCAGCUAAAUAAUCCAUGGAAGACAGUCAUCAUAAAACAAGAGUUCCUCUUUUCUGAGACAGUAAAGGUCAUAUCGUGGCUAGUGACUUAUAUCACCUAAAAA